AUGGAAGCAAGUCGAUCAUGUUUAGUAACAAUAAAUAUUCUUAUUGGUUUAUUUGUUUUGAUUUCGAUUGCUUUAAAUUCUAUUAUUUUAAUUAUAAUAACUAGAGGAUCUAAUCAAUCAACAAAUAUUAAUAAUACAGAAGAAUUAAAAUUAGUAAAUCAAAUAUCAUUGAAUUUAAGUUUAAUUGAAUCUAUUGAUAUAAAUGAACUAAUGAAGCAUCUUCAAGAAUUUAAUCAUAUAGCUACAAUGGAAAAUGGUAGUCGAUCAAUUAAUACAAAAGGUUUUCAACGAACAAUUGAUUAUAUAGCAGAUUAUCUUUCUACUAAUACAAAUUAUUAUAUUAAAAGAACUCCUUUUCCUGUAAGACAAUUUAAACUUGGUAAUAAUCCUAUAUUAUUUACUUCAAUUGAUAAUACAAUUAUAAAUCGUACAUAUUCAAAUGAUCUUUCAAAAGGUGAAUUUUCACAUGUCGAAUAUUCUACAGAUAUUAAUUUAAAAGAUUUUAUUAAUAUAACACUUAUUCCAAAUUUUGGUUGUUCUGAAAAAGAUUGGCUUACUGCAAAACCAUCACCAAAUGGUCGAAUAGCACUUGUUAAACAUGGUGCUUGUGAUUUUUUUUUAAAGCCAAUUUUAGCUCGUCAUUAUCAUGUGAAAGGUCUUCUUUUAUAUAAUAUCAGUCGAUCAUCUAAUUGUAAUGAUUCUCUUCCUACAAGUCUCGGUCCAUUUAAUACUUUACCAACGCUUUCUAUUUCACCUAAUCUUGCUCAAGAACUUAUUGAAUCAUUAAAUAAUUCAGCAACAAAUACAAGUGUUCGUUUUAUUAUUGAUGUACUUAAAACAGAACCAUAUUCAGUAGAAAAUAUUUGUGCUGAUACUCCGAUUGGAGACAUAACUCAAACUAUUAUUAUUGGUAGCCAUAGUGAUAGUAUUUUAAAUGGACCUGGUAUUAAUGAUAAUGGUAGUGGUAGUGCAGCUAAUCUUGCAUUAGCUGUAGCUCUAUUUCGAACAUCAAUGUAUAGAAACUUGAAAUAUCGUAUACGAUUUUGUUGGUGGGGUGCAGAAGAACUUGGUCUUAUUGGUUCAUUUGUAUAUGUUAGGCAAGCAAAAACAUCAAUAAUUAUUGGCGAAAGAUUUCAUGAUCAUUUACUUUAUCUUAAUCUCGAUAUGUUAGCUUCACCUAAUUAUAUGUUUGGAAUUUAUGAUCUUGAUACUAUAAUAAAUGGAACACUUACGAAAAAUAUUUUUGCUAGUAAAAAAAUUACUACAUUAUUUCGUAAUUGGUUUAAUGAUCAAAAUCUACCAUGGGAUAAUGUCAAUCUAACAACUGCGACUAGUGAUUAUCUACCAUUUUUAAUUGGUAAUAUGCCUGUAGGAGGAGUUUUUUCAGGUGCAGAUAGAAUAAAAACAAAAGAACAAUGUGAUCGUUAUGCAUCUUAUCUUGGUCCUGAUCCAUAUUGUAUGCCAAAUAUUGCAUUUGAUCAAUGUUAUCAUAAAUCAUGUGAUACAAUAUGGAAUAUAAAUAAAUUUGCUUAUGAAAAACUAACCAAAGCAGUUGCAUAUGCUCUUGAAUAUUUUAUACAUAUGGAUAAUUUAAAAGAAUGGCUUUAUUCAGUAGAAGAAAACCAAAAUUUAACAUCUCAUUAUAAAAAAUAA